AUGACAGGGAUUCAAGAGCCCCACGAGUAUGAUGCAGACGGUGAAGAGGAUGCGCUCCAGUUCCAUCUCGAGCUCGGUGAAAGUCCCCCCUCUACUCCAGCUUCAACUGUCAUUACCUCCGAUACAUAUACAUCAAACACACAUAACGACCUUGAGUCAUCGCGGCCUGCAGAAGGCCAUGCACUAGGCGAGCCCCCAGGCAGCUCUCAUGAAUGUAAGCCUUGCAGCCCCGACUCACUACAUUUCGUCUGGGACCACUUCGACAAAAUACAAUCCAAUCCCAAGGUCAUGGCUGCGCAGGCUAUGGAGGCUCUCAACCGGGCCUUUAUCGAGCUCAAAUCAAAGAACGAUGAAUCCCGGCUGCGAGCUUCCUACGAUUUGCGAGACCUAGUUGUUUCGGCCGCCAGAGCACUACCUUCGGACAAGUUCCAAGAGUACUACAAUACUGUCAACAGCAAGAUAUCUGCACUCGUUGUACAAAGCAACGACACCUCCGAAAAAAUAAGCGGGAUUCUGGCAAUCGAGCAGCUCAUCAGCUUCGAUGGUGACGAUGCUGCUCAGAAGACGACACGCUUCUCCAACUUCCUCAAGGCAGCUCUAAGAAGCAAUGAUAAUACCGUCCUCGUAUACGCAGCUCGAGCUUUGGGUCGCCUUGCAGUGCCUGGUGGGGCACUCACAGCUGAACUUGUCGAGGCCGAAAUCUCCUCAGCCCUCGAGUGGCUACAGUCCGAUAGACAAGAGUCUCGACGGUUUGCAGCUGUGCUGAUCAUACUACAGCUCGCUAAGAAUUCUCCUACCCUGCUCUACGCAUUUGUACCACAAAUCUUCGACUGCAUUCUAGUCGCCCUCCGAGAUCCGAAAGUGCUCAUCCGUGAAACAGCUGCCGAAGCUGUAGGUGCCUGCUUCGAAAUAAUUGCUGCUAGAGACGCCCACCUCCGUCAACAAUGGUUUCAACGAGUCUACGAUGAUGCUUUUCAAGGCUUCAAGUCACCCAGUCAAGACACUAUCCAUGGAUCACUGCUCAUCAUGAAAGAGCUCCUCCUCAAAGGUAACAUGUUUAUGCGCGAACACUAUCGAGAUGUGGCAGAUAUCACUCUUCGUCUCAAAGACCAUCGCGAGCCUCGAAUACGCACUCAGGUUGUGAUAAUGAUUCCAAUACUUGCCGGAUACGCACCAGAGACGUUUUCCUCGCAGUACCUACACAAAUUCAUGAUUUUCCUACAAGGUCAGCUCAAGAAGGAUAAAGAGCGAAAUGCAGCUUUCGUGGCAAUCGGAAAAGUCGCACAUGCGGUCUCAAGCGCUAUUGCACCAUACCUCGAUGGCAUUGUCCUCUACAUAAGGGAGGGUCUCAGUCUCAAAGCACGAAACCGCAUUGGUACUGAUGAAGGACCAGUCUUCCAGUGUAUCAGCAUGCUCUCGAUCGCAGUUGGCAUGGCUCUUACCAAAUAUAUGGAAGCUUUGCUGGAUCCAGUGUUUGCUUGUGGGCUCAGUGAAGCCCUUACGCAAGCUCUGGUCGAUAUGGCGCACUACAUUCAUCCAGUCAAGCAUCAGAUCCAAGAAAAGCUUCUCGACCUACUCAGUCUUGUACUGUCAGGCCGUCCUUUCAGACCCUUAGGAUGCCCCGAGAAUAAGAUUCCGCCUUUACCUGCCUUUGCCAAGGACUUCAACCUCUCAGUGGCAGAACACAAAGAUUCCGAGAUAGUACUGGCUUUGGUCACUUUGGGCGGUUUCGACUUCACUGGUCAUGGGCUUAAUGAAUUUGUGCGAGAUGUCGCCAUGCGAUAUACCGAAAGCAACAAUCCAAAGGUUCGAAAAGCAGCGGCACUGACCUGCUGCCAGCUUUUUGUACAUGAUCCCAUCAUCUACCAGACCAGUUUCCAUGCCAUCCGAGUUGUCGGAGACGUCAUUGAGAGACUGUUGGCAUUAGGAGUGGCAGACAUGGAUCCUGACAUUCGACGAACCGUUCUCCAAGCUCUCAACGACCAAUUUGACAAGCACCUUGCCAAGCCAGAGAAUAUUCGUCAUGUCUUCCUUGCAGUUAACGACUCCGAUUUCGAAGUUCGACAAGCCGCCAUUGUCAUCGUGGGUCGUCUCACUGCUAUCAACCCAGCACACGUCUUUCCGUCAUUACGAAAGGUCCUUGUGAAUCUUAUCAUGAGCAUCAAGAAUUCCCAAAGCCCCAAGAGUAAAGAGGACGGAGCUAAGCUUGUUGGACUGGUAAUCGCAAAUGCAUCUCGGCUUGCCAAGCCGUACUGUGACGUCCUGGUCAAGACCCUUCUUCCAAACGCUGAAGAUUCGAAUGCCAUAAUUGCAGCAACGACCAUCACAGCGAUUGGACAGCUUGCAACUACCGGUGGGACCGUCUUAGUGCCAUACCUUCCAACUAUCAUGCCUACGAUCGUGGAGGCCCUUCAAGAUCUGAGCUCUCAGCGUAAGAGAGAUGCCGCACUACACACUCUUGGCCAAUUUGGGAGACAUGCAGGAUAUGUUAUCGAACCAUACAAAGACUUUCCCCAACUGCUUGACAUCUUGAUAAACAUCAUUAAGACAGAACAGCCAGGAGGGUCGCGAAAAGAGACUAUCAAGCUCCUAGGAACCCUGGGCGCUCAGGAUCCUUACAAGCAUGAAGAGAUCCUCGAAGUAUCUUCUGAAGCUCGUCUGAGGAAUGCUGCCGAUUUAGUCUCGGACGUUGGGCUUGUGAUAGAGGGGAUGACGCCCUCAAACGAGGAUUAUUAUCCCAAGGUCGUCUUCAACAUACUAACGCAGACUAUUCUAGCCGAUCCUUCUUUAUCCCAAUACCACACUGCGGUCAUUGAGGCCAUUGUGACCAUCUUCAAAACCCUUGGAAUACGGUGUAUACCAUUCUUGCCCGAAAUCAUCCCAAGCUUCUUAACAAUUAUACGCGCCGCACCAAACACGCGGCUUGAGAUUUAUUUCAAUCAGCUAGCAAUUCUGGUAUCUAUAGUCCGCGUCCAUAUACGAAACUUCGCGAAUCCCCUCGUCGAGCUCGUCGAGCACUUUUGGUCUGUGAGUAGCUCCGUGCAAGCAACGAUUCUCUCGCUAGUUGAAUCAUUGUCAAGAGCCUUGGAGGGUGAGUUCAAGGGUCGCAUUACAACGAUUCUCCCACUUAUGCUCGGCGUGCUUGACAACGAUGUGUCAGUCCGUAGGACCGCAUCCGAGAGGGUAUUACAUACCAUUUUGGUAUUUGGUCAGAGCGCCGAAGAACAUAUGCAUAUGAUCAUUCCAUCCCUCGUCCGUAUGUUCGAGAAUCAGUCAAACCCCGUCGCUAUACGAAAGGCAGCUAUCGACACCAUUGGAAAGAUAUCGAGGCUGGUCAAUAUAUCAGAUUAUGCAUCAUUGAUCAUACACAGUUUGACGGCGUUAUUUGCUGGGAAGGAGCAGCUCCUGAGACAAGCAGCGCUCGACUGCAUCUGCGCUUACGUCUUCCAGCUUGGACAGGAGUACCUACUCUAUGUCUGGACUGUCGACAAAGUCUUAGUUGCGAAUCAUGUCCCUCACCACAACUAUGACAUCCUUAUCACGAAGCUACGGAAGGGAGAGCCUCUUCCCCAAGAUCUCAGCCCAGAUGAGCACUACGGGGGUCUCGGCGAUGACUCUGGAGUUGCAGAGGUCGGCCAAAAGAAGUUACCAGUUAAUCAGGAACAUCUAAAGAAUGCUUGGGAAGCUUCACAGAAAUCCACAGUCGAGGACUGGCACGAGUGGAUACGGCGCUUCAGUGUCGAACUGCUCAAAGAGUCACCAUCUCACGCGCUGCGAGCUUGCGCUGGCUUGGCCAGCCUAUACCAGCCCCUUGCGAGAGAGUUAUUCAAUUCUGCGUUUGCAUCAUGCUGGACUGAGCUCUACGAACAAUAUCAGGAAGAGCUUCUACGAUCUAUUGAGACAGCCUUGUCAUCAACUUAUAUUCCUCCUGAGAUCAUGCAGGUGCUGUUGAAUCUCUGCGAGUUCAUGGAGCACGACGACAAAGCGCUUCCUAUCGACAUUCGCAAUCUAGGCGCAUAUGCCGCCAAGAACCACGCCUUUGCGAAAGCAUUGCAUUACAAGGAGUUGGAGUUUGAAGAAGAGAAGACCCCCAGUACUGUCGAAGCGCUCAUUUCCAUCAACAACCAGCUGCAACAAACGGAUGCUGCUGUUGGGAUCCUGCGCAAUGCUCAAAAGUACCGCGACUUCGACUUCAAGGAAGGUUGGUACGUAAAGCUUGAGCGCUGGGACGAAGCUCUGGCGGCAUACGAGAAACGCGAGCAGCAGCCCAUUACAGACGAUACAAUUGCUUUUGAGAUUUCUAUGGGCAAGAUGAAAUGUCUCCACGCUCUUGGUGAAUGGGAUAUCUUAGCCGAUCUCGCUGACCUGAAAUGGAACUUCGCUACUAGUGACCAGCGGCGUGUCAUUGCCCCUUUGGCAUCUGCCGCCGCCUGGGGUCAAGGCCAGUGGGAACGCAUGGAUACCUAUCUCGAGGGCAUGAAGCCCCACUCUAUUGAUCGGGCCUGGUUUACUGCCAUCCUUUCGAUCCAUCGCAAUCAAUUCGAACAGGCUGCAGUACAUAUCGAGAAAGCUCGUGAUGGUCUCGAUGCAGAGUUAUGCGCAUUGCUUGGAGAGUCCUAUAACCGAGCCUACGGUACCGUCGUUCGCGUACAGAUGCUCGCUGAACUCGAGGAGAUCAUCGUCUAUAAAAAGAUCGCGGGCAACGAGGAGAAGCGACAAACGAUGAGGGACACCUGGACCAAGCGUCUCAGAGGCUGUCAACCCAAUAUUGACGUCUGGCAGAAAAUGCUAAAAGUGCGAGCACUUGUCCUCACUCCCAGAGAGAACAUCGACAUGUGGAUCAAAUUUGCCAAUCUCUGUCGGAAGAACGGCCGCCAAGGCUUAGCUGAGAAAUCCCUUCACCUGCUGCAUGAUGUUAGUGGUCACACUGUCGACGGCCAAGCCCAGCUUGAGAGCGGCCUGUCCGCACAAGCUACCCUUCAAGGCCCUACUGCCGUGCCGGAGGUUUUGUAUGCACAACUUAAAUACAGCUGGUCCACAGGUCAACAACAACAAUCUCUCCGUAGGCUUCGAGCCUUCACAGCCGAUUUGUCUCAUCAACUCGAAGUGCUCAACGCUUCAGACGCGGCAAACACAGCGAGCGGAAACAGCAACUUUGGUGCAACAAAUCUUAUGCUGGAUUUAAAUAGCCAAAACGGUGUAGGUCCUAGACUCCCUCGUAGCGACAUAAGCAGUCUCAGCAAGCUGUUAGCCAAAUGCUACAUCAGGCAAGGCGACUGGAUGACGGCCCUGAUACAUGGCAAUUGGGAAUCCAACCAUGUCCGCGAAAUCAUCGACGCUUACUCCCAUGCAACUUCACACAACAAGAACUGGUACAAAGCCUGGCACUCGUGGGCGCUGGCCAAUUUUGAAGUCGUCACAGCCUUGACAGCACAAGCCAAGCGCGAGAGCAGUGCCCUUCCUCUCUCCAUGGUAACCGGCCAUGUGGUGCCUGCGAUCGUAGGCUUCUUCAAAUCUAUCGCUCUGGCGUCUUCCAGCUCGUUACAAGAUACGCUUCGAUUGCUGACGCUAUGGUUCGCUCAUGGUGGAGACGUGGAAGUGAACACGGCUGUGCUCGAAGGUCUCAACGAUGUCAGCAUCGAUACCUGGCUCGAGGUUAUUCCGCAACUGAUUGCACGAAUCAAUCAGCCUAACAACCGUGUUCGAGGAUCAAUUCAUCGUCUCCUCGCCGAGGUUGGCAAAGCUCAUCCGCAAGCAUUAGUGUAUCCAUUGACCGUCACUAUCAAAUCUCACGUCGCUCGACGCUCUCAGUCUGCUACGCAGAUCAUGGAGAAGAUGCGGGAGCACAGCCCGGGCUUAGUAGAGCAAGCGCAUCUCGUGAGCCAGGAGCUUAUUCGAGUUGCCGUAUUAUGGCACGAGCUUUGGCACGAAGGCUUGGAGGAAGCAUCGCGAUUGUACUUUGGAGAUAAAGAUAUCGAAGGCAUGUUUGCAACGCUCGGACCUUUACAUGACCUACUAGCCAAGGGAGCCGAAACACUCCGAGAGAUAUCUUUUGCUCAAUCAUUUGGGCGAGAUUUGCAGGAAGCUCAGCAUUGGUGCAACAUUUAUCGCCAGACUGGUGAGGAUGGUGAUUUAAACCAGGCAUGGGAUCUAUAUUACUCAGUAUUUCGUCGAAUCUCGCGACAACUGCUGAACAUCAUGAGCCUCGACCUAGCCUACAUUUCACCAAAGCUCAAGGACGCAAAGAACCUGGAUCUGGCUGUGCCAGGGACGUACCGGAGCGGGAAACCCGUCGUCAGUAUCACUGGCUUUGAUCGCCAUAUGAGCGUCAUCCAAUCGAAGCAGCGUCCUCGGAGAAUGAGGAUGUAUGGCAGUGACGGUACAAUCUACGAGUUCUGCUUGAAAGGGCAUGAGGACAUCCGUCAAGAUGAGCGUGUAAUGCAGCUCUUUGGCCUCAUCAACACACUGUUGAACGCUGAUACCGAGAGCUUCAAACGCCAUUUGAAUAUCCAGAGAUACCCGGCAAUACCGUUGUCACAGCAAUCAGGCCUUUUGGGCUGGGUUGAGAAUAGCGAUACCUUGCACAACCUGAUCAAGGAGUACCGUGAGCACCGUCGUAUCUUGCUCAACAUCGAGCACAGAAUUAUGCUGCAGAUGGCACCAGACUACGAUAAUCUCACUCUCAUGCAGAAGGUCGAAGUAUUUAGCUACGCAAUGGACAACACCACUGGUAAAGAUCUCUACCGUGUCCUCUGGCUUAAGAGCAAGAGCUCCGAAUCUUGGCUCGACCGUCGAACCAACUUCACACGCUCCCUCGCAACAAUGUCCAUGGUCGGCUACAUUCUGGGGCUUGGCGACCGCCACCCUUCCAACUUGAUGCUCGACCGCAUUACGGGCAAGGUCAUCCACAUCGAUUUCGGUGAUUGCUUCGAGGUAGCCAUGCACCGCGAGAAAUACCCUGAACGUGUUCCGUUCCGUCUUACUCGUAUGCUCACCUUUGCGAUGGAAGUCAGCAACAUCGACGGCAGCUACAAGAUUGCUUGCGAGGCGGUCAUGCGUGUUAUUCGCGACAAUAAAGAGUCCUUGAUGGCGGUACUGGAAGCCUUCAUUCAUGAUCCUCUUCUCAAUUGGCGCCUGGGCAACCGCGAAGCCCCCGACGAACCCUCCUUCCCUUCCGAGCGCCGCCAAUCCAUUGUCGGUGACCUGGGAACUGCUCAACUGGAGCGUCCACGCACCGCCUCCUACCGUGCCCGCCGUAUGUCGACAGUGCAAGCUGGUGUACUUGACAACAAUCUCAACGAUGCAGAUAAAGAAGUGCAGAAUGCAAGAGCAGUGCAGGUGUUAGCACGCGUGAAGGACAAAUUGAUGGGUCGCGACUUCAGACCCGAGGAGGAGUUGAAUGUGGAGAGACAGGUCGCAAAAUUGGUGGCUCAGGCGACGAAUGUGGAGAAUCUGUGCCAGCAUUAUAUCGGUUGGUGCAGCUUCUGGUAG